GAUUUUUUAUGGAAUGAUAUAUAAUAUGAGGCUGUUAGAAAUACACUCAAACUAUCUUGCUGUGAUUGUGUUUGCUCAGAUUCUAUACGUCAUGAUCGAAGUUGGAGCUCAACAUCAAAAAGUUUGGUCCGAUGAAGAAGAAACCGUUGAAUUCUGGAAUAAAAAAGCCCAAGAUGAUCUGGCCUUGGCUCUACAGAGAAAUGAAUUCUAUGACGGGGUGGCACAGAACGUCAUAUUGUUUCUUGGCGACGGAAUGGGAAUACCAACUAUUACAGCUGGUCGAAUUUUGAAAGGCCAGCUGAAUGGCCAACUUGGGGAAGAAUAUGAACUUUCCAUAGACAAAUUUCCAAACGUAGGUUUAUCCAAGACUUACUCAAUAGAUAGACAAACUACGGACUCCGCCGCGACUGCGACGGCUUUUUUGUGUGGUAUCAAAUCUACCUGGGGAACUCUUGGUUUAGCCGGGAAAGCAAGAAUGGGUGUUUGUGAGUCUGCAACAGGACAAGAAGUAAAUUCAAUCCUAAUAGAUGCGUACAAUCAAGGAAAGUCUACCGGCAUUGUUACAACCACGCACCUCGUACACGCUACUCCAGCGGGUGCGUAUGCUCAUACGCCAGAACGAAACUGGUACAGUGACGCACAGUUGACGCAAAAUGCGAUCGACGGAGGUUGUACAGAUAUAGCCAAACAGUUCUAUGAAAACUCUCAUCAGAUUACGGUUGCUCUUGGUGGUGGUAGGAAAUAUUUUCGGCCGAAUAAUAUGCCUGAUGUCGGGUAUCCACAACAUAACGGAACACGGCUUGAUGGGAGAAAUUUUGUGGAGGAAUGGCUAGGAGACGCUGGUUCAGAAAGUAGAAGUUUUGUUUGGAAUAAGCAACAGCUUGAAAAAGUGCAACCAGAUUCAACGGACAGAUUGUGGGGCAUGUUCCAGCCGAGUCAUAUGAAUUUCGAAAUCGAUCGCAAUUCAACAAACGAGCCGAGUAUUUCUGAGAUGGUGGAGAAGGCUAUCCAAAUACUAGGCAAAAAUCCAAAUGGAUAUUUCUUGCUUGUAGAAGGGGGGCGAAUCGAUCACGGUCACCACGACAGCAGCGCCAUUGAGGUUCUACACGAUAUGGUUGCAUUUGACGACGCAGUCGACAAAGCAACAGAAAUGACUACAGAAUUGGAUACUUUGAUUGUCGUGACGGCAGAUCAUAGUCAUACAAUGAGUUUAGGAGGUUAUGCUUUACGAGGAACCUCUGUUUUUGGUUUAGCAGACCAGAUUGAAGUGGAAAUGAUAGACACAAAGCCAGCUACUUCGAUUUUGUAUGGCGAUGGCCCAGGUUACUUAGGAGAAGGAACCCUGAAUGUUGUUCAAAUAAAUCCAAACGAAAAAUUUGAGCGGGAGAAUAUUACACUUGUCGACACAGCCGGAAGGACAUACCGGCAGCAAUCCGCGGUUCCCAGAACUUCAGAGUCGCAUGCAGGAGACGAUGUUCCUAUUUAUGCCAGAGGACCAAUGGCUCAUCUUUUUCACGGAGUUCACGAACAGAAUUAUAUUGCACACGUGAUGAGAUAUGCUUCCUGCCUGGAUGCUGACAAAGCUCAUUGUGCUCCGAAAACCGACGGAACCGGACCUUACGUUCAUUUUCUUUCGUUGAAUCUAACAAAAUUGCAAGCUCGCUUCGCUCUAUACUUUAUGUUUGCGUUGUUGAUUUGCUCCGCUUUAGUUUUGAUUUUCCUAACUUAUUUGUUUUUGGCAAGGAAAUUCAGAAAUCGAAAAUAGAUUACAUAUUCUGUAUUUACUCUUUCGAAAACCCUUGGUCAUACGAUGAAUCAAGUAUUCCUUGCAUCGGGGACUAAAAAUGAAGUUCAAUUCCAUGAUGAUCUUUAGAAAUAUGAAUAAGAAUAUAUUAUGAGUAAUGCAAAGGAUCAUUUUCAAUUUUUUGCAAUCAUGACCUGGAUUGGAAACCACAAAAUGAAUCACGGAAUUUUCUGUUUGAAGUUUUGAUUCGAACGUUGAAAUAAUCGAAUCAUUUUUGAUUAUAUUUAACCAGCCCUAACAAUUUAGUCGAAUGUGCUCUUAUCAUCUGUUCUCUGCGUUAAAAAUAACUAGGUACAUUCAAAUCAUAUUAACCCAGCACGUUUGACUAAAUGCUCUCAAUGUAAUUUGUG